AUGAAGAGAUUGUAUUGUUCUUCUGUCGUCAAAACAUGGAUUCUAGUAUCCAAUUUGAAUUUAGAUAAUCAAUAUAUUAUACUUCUGCCACUGGAUAAAACAUUGGAAGGUUCCAUAUCAGGUAGUUUUGUUAAUAGCUGGAUGCCACCUUGGGGUUCCACUGUUGUAGAUGACAUAGCUCCAAUGUUCAGAGAGAUUAUGGAGAUUGGACUGGAUUGCUUUGACAAUGGCCCAAAUAUUGAAAACAAAGAGUCCGGGCAUUCGAGGAUUUCCAAAUUGUAUACAGUUGAUAACAGAAUCCGUCAAUUGUUAAUUAAAAAGUAUCUGUCUGAAGACGAGAGAUUUACUGAAUAUCUCGACGAAACAAUGUUGUGUUGGGAGAAUCUGCCGAUAUUAAAAAAUGAAGAGGUUUAUCAUAUGCCGUCUGUUGGAAGCAUUCUUGCAAUACAUGUGUUGCCAAGACCAAGCCCAGUUUUUGACAAAUUCUGUACCCUUACCGUUGGAAGUGGCCAGGGAGCGUAUAAAUAUUUUACGCCAAACAAUGAGCUGAUCGUAGCCUUGAAAAGCCACGACCUCUAUGUUUACUCAGGCCAUGGAGACGGGUUGUACAUUGACCUCUAG